AGCGCCAGUGCAUCUGGCUGCCCUACCCGCACCACAUCGACCCGUGGUGCGCCGGCAUCGACUACCUCAACGACAUCGACUACCGCGACCUCCUCGCGCGGCGGCUCGUCGUCGCGCCGACCGCCGGUGCAACGCUCUCGGCGGGCGACCUGAAGCUCGCGCGCAACGGCUCAGGGCCGGCGGUGAGGCUCGCGAGCGGCGCGCCACCGCCCGACGAGCCGCAGGUGCUGCUGAUGAGGGCGCCUGCAGGCGGCACGAGCGACCCCUUCGAAGCCUGGCUGCCCCUCGGAGGCUUCAAAGGCCGGAAGUGGCAGGCGCCGCUGCCGGUCCUCGUGAACGCAGCGCUACGCGCGCCGCCGCCGGCUGGGUUCGGUGCAAGCGACGCGCAGAUGAAGAUCGUGCAAGACUGCAUGCGUAGCCUCGCUACGAGCCGUGAGUGA